UCUCCGGCAGCUGCGCAGACUCAGCAGCCCUCACGUCGUCACGCCAGGGUUUUCCGUAGGAUUGCACGGAUUUGGUCGACUUAUUUAUUUAAUAACUCGUUAUAUAAUACACACCGAGUUAAGGCACACGCUGAUCAUCAUCAACCUACUAGCGCACCCAAUGCGGUCUAAAUCCACAUGACAGCACUCUGAUCGUCCUCCAUUCUCUCCCUGUGGUCUGUCUCCUCACAGCCUGUUCCCCUGACUGACUUGAAGCGACAACGCUGACCUGGAUAACUGCUGAGCUUGUGUCCCACACUGAGGCAGGCCUUUCCAAGCAGACGGACUCGUACGUACACCAGGGGACAGACAACAGUGUCAGCAGCCCAUUAGCAGCCUGUGGCUCGAGGAGCAGCAGCAGCAGCGUCCAGCACUGCAUCCACACCAUCCUCCCUCAUUCUCCUCCUUCUUGUCACUUCUGACAUGGCAGACCCCAGCCUCACAUCGCCUUCUAGGAUCCAGCUGCGCUCUCCCAACACUUCUCUCACCCUCUCCUUCCCCUUCCUGAGGGAGGGCAGCGGGGUAUGGGAGGAAGGGAAAGAGCGGCCGCUGCCUCGGGAUUUGCCAAGCCCGCUGCCAACCAAACGCACCCGCACCUACUCAGCUACGGUACGGGCUCACUCAGGUCAGGUGUUUAAGGGUGUGUGUAAGAACUUCUCCAGGUCACAAGGCCACGGCUUCCUCCAACCCUCCCACGGUGGCGAAGACAUCUUCGUUCACAUCUCAGACAUCGAAGGGGAGUAUGUCCCAGUAGAGGGGGACGAGGUCACGUACAAAGUGAGCCGGGUCCCGCCCAAGAACCUCAAGGUGCAGGCCGUGGAGGUGAAGAUCGUUCAUCUCAAUCCGGGGACAAAACACGAGACCUGGUCGGGCCAGAUCAUCAGCUCUUAGGCCUGAACUUCCGGCCUGGUGGGUGGGUCAUGCUGGGCAGGGCUGGGUGGGGGAGGGCGGACCCGUGGUGGGACUGAAGACUUACAUUCUGAGCUCAUAAACAUGUUUCACCUACACAGCAACGUGCCCAGAGUUAUUAAUAAUUCAGGGUUAGCCGGUGUCCACUCACAGAGCUGAUGGAUUUGCUGUGUAUGUAAAACUGACCAUUUAUUCUCUGUUAGGAAAAAGACACAUUAGUUUCAUUCAUUUAUAAUCUUUCUCAUGACGGCAGUAACAAAAGUCAGAUUUGAGAUGGGAGUGUAAAGUGACAGGUGGAGUGUCAAAGUUGUAAAUCGGAAAGAGCUUGUGGGCCCACAUUUUUUCACAGAGAUCAGUUGUGUAAAGUAUGAAACACUGGGAAAACUGUUAACAUAACUGUGCUGCAGAUCUGCAAACUGGGGCAUGACAGCUGAGUGUAUGUGCAAGGAAGAAAGCAACGUAUGACAAAAGUCAGAAUUCAGUUUUACUUCCCUUCUUGCAGGCUGUUAUGCACUUGUUUACUUCAGGAUCACAGUUUUCAGGAUCACAUGUUGGAUGCAAGUGUGGGUCAGAUGACUAGUGUUCACUGCCUACACAGUGCAGACUCGGGAAAUAUGAGAAGAAACGUAUGGACGAAAAAGCAAGUAGUUUAGGGAAUUUAGGUGAAGAAAUUGGAAUGAUUGUAUAGUUGAGGGAGAGACUGAAAUGGCAGGUUGACCAUCCUUGACUGGAUGGCUCAUAAUGUUUUUAUUUCAGGUCCCCAGCUUCAUGACCUUAGAAGGGGUAAAAUGUGGAAGUGAGAGUAAGUUCAGAGUUAGGAAUUCAGUUUGUCUCAGAGAGGAAAAGCAUGAAGAGAGACCAGGACUUAAGCAGGCAGAUGACAUUAAACCAAGCAUUGAUAUUUCAAAAAUAUCAAAAAUUACGCAUUGACCGUUGAAAGGAAAGCAAAAGCAAGUAUAUUCCUGAAAAAUGCAUAUUCUCAGUUGUGUUGUCUUGAUUGUGGUUAUUUAUUUGAUUUAUUUAUUUGAUGGUGUGUUCAGAUGUGUGUGUCGUCAGAUUGCAAGCUCUAUACUUUGGGUAAUACUGUCAAAAGUUACACGUAAAUAAUUUGAACUUCCACUAUGAAAACUGCCAGAAAAUCGGCUCCAGAUAUCACUGUCAGGUUUUUCUCAAUUUGUGUUUCUGUGUUGAAUGCGUCUGGAGCCACCAAUUGCUGAUGAACAAAACUAUUUGUAAAUCUGUUUUUUCAAAACAUGUAUUUGUGUGUGAUUUAUUAAGUGUAGUCAGUGUGAUGGUGAACUACAUGACUUCAUAGUUGGUGCCAAGCCAAACACCAUCACAUAGUUUGUAGUUAUUCAGGUUUUGCUCAGCACUGUACUGGAUGUCAUUUUGUAUCAUAUCUGUUCCAGAGAGUCUCUAUGCAUCUUGUCUAUCUGUCAGUGUCACUGCCUGGAUUUGUCCGGCAUUACAUUUUGUUUAUUUCUCUCAUAUCAAAGGGCACUUUCUUUUGUGGACAAGCCACUGUGGUGGUUGUGAUCCCCAUGAUUUCUUCUACUGAGCCUUCAAAGAACAUUAAAGCAUUUUAGGAAUUACA